UUUUUUCGUUUGCAGGAAAAAGACGGCACAUCAAUUUACAUUUCUCACUUUUAAUCCAAGCUUUAUUGAGUAAACUUCGAUUUCAUUUAGAUAAUCAUGCAGCUAGACAAUAUCCUUAAUGUUCGGUAUGAAAUUUGGAUCGCCUUUGGCGUAACAGUAUUGGUAGCUAUAAUUAGUUCUUUAUUAAAAAAAUCACGACGCAAUUUCCCUCCUGGACCAUGGGGACUACCCGUUGUUGGCUACAUACCUUUCUUGUCCAAAGAUGUCCAUUUGAAAUUUAUAGAACUCGCCAAAAAAUACGGAGAUGUUUUCAGCCUUCGCUUAGGAUCUGAGACGGUUGUGGUUUUAAACGAUACAGUAUCCAUUCGAGAAGCAUUUUCCAAGCAAGAAUUUCUUGGCAGACCUCCAAACAGUUGCUUUUCUGUGUUUGAUGUGAAAAGUCCCUUUUUUCUUAACGAUAUGCACAUGUGGCAAGAACAGAGGCGGUUUGUUAUACAAUCUUUGAAAGACCUUGGCUUAGGAAAAACUAAAAUCGAAGAAGAAAUGCAGGACGAAAUCAACCACUUCAAUGAAGUUCUAAAGUCCUUCAAAGGCAAGCCGAUCGAUCUCAUCAAGCCGUUGACUCCGAGUAUGUCAAAUAACAUCAGUACCUUGAUUUUUGGAAAGAGGUACGGAUAUGACGAGCCAGAAAGAAUGUCUUUGGAUGAAAACUUAGACGAAGUCAGCAAAAUCAUCGGACAAACUGCUGUACAUAUAUUUUUUCCAUGGAUCAAACAUAUACCUUUCCUUCUGAACUGGCUUGGUUUCGAGAAAGGCUAUAAACUAUUUAGGGUAUCUGACGACAUAUUCAGAAAAAAAGUAAACGAGCAUAAGAAAACACUGGAUAAAAAGAAUAUUCGGGAUUUUAUUGAUAGUUAUCUUGUUGAAAUGGAAGUCAGACAAAAGAAAGAUACCAAGACAACAUUUAAUGAUGAAGUAUUGUUGGGAUGCGUGUCAGAUAUUUUUGGCGCUGGCAGCGAAACUGUGCGCACUUCAAUCGGAUGGUUAAUGUAUGCAAUGGCUGCGUACCCGGAUGUACAGAAAAAAGUACAGAAAGAGUUACUUGAAGUCGUAGGACCGGAAAGAAGUCCGGAAUACCAGGAUCAUAAGUCGCUGCCAUUUUCUUAUGCUGUUAUGCUAGAAGUCAUUCGAUGGAAAACUAUCGUACCUCUGAACCUCCUCAGAUACACUUUAGCAGACACAACUGUUUCUGGAUAUGAUAUACCAGCAGGCACCAUAGUGAUGGCCAACUUUUGGGCAGUGCAUCACGACCCCAGAAACUGGAAAGAUCCAGAGAGCUUUAAACCAGAAAGGUUCCUCUCAUCUGAUGGUAAAAGUGUGGUGAAGUCACCUCACUACAUGCCUUUUUCAGUUGGAAAACGAGCUUGCCCUGGAGAAACCAUGGCUUACAUGGAAGUCUUCCUCUACUUUGUUUCCAUAGUUCAAAAAUUCGACGUCCGAUUUCCUGAAGGUUAUAAGCCUACUUUUGAAGGAAACCUUACGAUCACUUACAAGCCUCCAUCGGCUAAGAUCUGCUUUAUACCCAGAAACUGAGAGUAUCAGUUUUACUUAUUCAUUUUGUAUAUAAUUCGCCACUCUGAUUCUACACGCUGCAACAUUAACUUGCUGAUAAUCCAUGCUUUGAUUCAUUUGUUCUUUUUUUUUAAUAAACUGAUGUCACAAUACUGGAUUAAUAAACAAAGAACGAAAAUGAAAA